AUGUCAUCGACUGAUUAUCUUAAUAAUAUUUCACUAUAUUUUUCUAUGUAUGUUGGCGUAUUUAUUCUUGUUAUUGGUAUAUUGGGUAAUAUAUUCAAUAUUCUUGUUCUUCUUAGUCUUAAAAUUUUUCGAGAAAAUUCAUGUGCAUUCUAUAUAAAAGCAAUGUCAUGUUUGAAUAUAGGGCAAUUAUUAGCCAGUUUAUUACCUCGUAUAUUAAAUCUUUGGUUUAGUAUUGACUGGUCAGUUGCAUCGUUAGCUUAUUGUAAAAUUCGUAUGUAUGUUUUUCAAGUAUGUACAGUUACUUCAUUUACAUGUAUGUGCUUAGCAACAAUUGAUCAAUAUUUAACUACAUGUUCAUAUCCUCGUUUACAACGUUUAAGUAAUAUUAAAUUUGCUUAUCGUUGUUUCACAAUAGUUAUGUUAUUUUGGAUUUUACAUGGAAUUUUAGUAUUAAUCUACACAAAUUAUGUAGUAUUAUCACCGGCUGGCGAUUAUAUUUGUGGAAUAUCUAAUAAAAUUUAUCAAAAUUAUAAUACAUAUGGAUUUACUCUUGUUUUAAUCAGUAGUCUACCGGUAUUAAUCACUGUUCUAUCGGGUUCAUUAGCUUAUCAUAAUGUAACACAAUUAGCAUAUCGUGCAAUUCCUCUCGUUCGCCGUGAAUUAGACAAGCAAUUAACAGUCAUGGUUCUUGUACAAGUUGUUUUUAAUUUCUGUGUUAUUGUGCCAUAUAUUAUUGCAUAUAUGAUUAAUCUGUACGCAAACGUUAGUAAAGAUUCUUAUAGUUAUGCACAAAUACAAUUACUUAGAAGUAUAACAAUUAAUACAUUUUAUUCCUAUUUUGCGGUUAGUAUAAAUGAUUAUCUUUGA